CUAGACUACAAGACUAGACUAGUAUAGUCUAGCUCUGCUAGCUCUAGCUCUGGCCUACAAAAUUAUUGUUCUUGUUCGAAAUUUGACGAAAAUGGUCUUCACGCCAGAGAAACAUGAUGAUGCUGCCUUUUGGUCCGGGGCUCCAGUGGUUCGUUGUUAUGAUGUCGACAAUCAGGAGGAAAAUGCUGCCGACAUUUUCCAGGGUUAGCAGGGUAACGUUAGGCUUGACCGUGCUUCUGGCGAGUGUGAUAUUCAUAAUGUACCUGGUUGCAAGUCGUAUGAACAGUGAUACGCCAAGGCACCCCUCCUCUCCUCUAGCGCAGAGAAAUAACAGAGAGCAGAAGGCUUGCAAAGGAAUCCUGCUGGUGGUGAUUUUCAACUUCCCGUACUUCAAGAACGUGCCCAUGCUACGCGAUAUGUACGGUGACACGUUCUCCAAGGUGGUGUUCUUUGCCGAUGAAAGCGACGAGGCGCUUGACGUGCAUGCUGUGGCGCUGGAGAAAGGCUACUUUCAGCACCGGGCCGUGUCAGCGGCCAUGCUCAUGUACCCUGGUUACGACGGGUAUCUAUGGACGGGCGAUGACGUGCUGCUGGACCCGUACAAGAUGCUGUCGACGCUGAACAUGGAUCAGCUGUGGCUAGCCGGCUAUGACGACAGCGUGUACUGCGUGGAGGACGGCACGAAGCCGGCGUGCACGCACCACGAGCACUGGGACGGGCUGCUGCGGAACGGUGAGCGCAGCAGCAAGGAGGACACGGGCGCGGAGGGACGCACGGCCGCACGGCUGGCCCUGGCGCGCCUGCCCGCGCCGUAUCGGAAACGCUCGCGCAACGCGCUGCGCUGCGAGGACUGCUUCCUUAAGGGCCCGUCAGAUGUCGGCUAUGUGCCCAGAGCCAAGGUCUCCGAGUUCCUGCUCACGUCGCUCUUCUUCCACGACAUAUUCUUUGAGUUUGCUGUUCCGACGAUGUUUCUCCUGUUGGCACCGGGCCGAUCCAACAUGGAGGUUCCGGCAGCAUUCUACUCAUGGGCCAAGAAUCCAGACGAGCGCUUCAACGAAGUCGCGACCAGCUGGAAAUCCGGCCGAUUCAUCUUCGUCCACCCGGUCAAGCUGAGCGUCCCGGUGCAACGGGAGAGCGCGUUCAAAUGGCUCGCGCAGGCAAAGCUCAACAGUCGCUGGUCGUCUCGCAACCGGUGCACGUAACGUGUGCACUGGGAUGCUUUGCUGUUUCCGCUGCACAAGAUGCUUUGUGCACCACCUCCACCACCUCCACCACCACGUCCACCACCAUCACCACCGCCGACGCACGCAAACACGGGAUAUUGUAUGCACGAUAUGUCGGAAUAGCCCGACUGCUUUCUCGUGCUUAUCUGGUGUCCGGAUACCCGCCUUCACAGCUGUCUUCUUCGGCCUUCUCUCGGUCAUCCAGCGACGAUGACUCCGCCGUCUGGCCAAUGCCACCACUCGCGCCACCGAUCUGUAGGUGUGCGCGUGUUAGUGCAAGCUAAUGUAGGGACAACGUACACUAGUCAGAACCACUAGUCUUGUAGUUCAAGUACACGCGACGCCUUGCGAAUGCCACCACUCGCACCACCGAUCUGUAUGUGUGUGCGUGCGUGUGCGUUAGAGCACGCUGUAGAGUGACGCACACAGGACAACCGCUGUCGCAGUUCACGUACGCACGACGCCUCGUCAAUGCCACUCCCGCCAAUCUAGAUCGUGCACGCGUGCGCGGUAAAGCCAUCGCUGUACGUUAUUGCGGCAAGCACAGGACCACUGCUGCUGCACUGCAAGUAGAUGCAUACGGUAACAAGGCUGUAACUAGGCUGUAACAGUGACCAAGAAAGAAACCGAUUUAAAAUAGCUAUAUUGUACAUGUACAGUAACAUAGCAACACGUACAGUAACAUAGCAACACGUACAGGACGUUUGACGUGAUUCGCGCUGUGACAUGACGUGACGCGCCGGAAAAAAAACCAAAAUAUUUAUCUUAUCGAAUAGCUCCUAAAGCGGUGGGGAGUAGAUCAGACCCACCACGAAGACAAGUGGUCAAAGACGGAAAAUCCAAUUCGCUGCAUCCAUGCUUCCAUGUACAGUACAAAGGAUUGCUUAUUAUUGAUCUACUACGGUAUGUGCUAUUAUCAACUUCAAUUAAAAAAUACUAGAACUUCUGAAACGUUGACUCUACCCCAACCUGUGCUGCUACUGUUAACUUAGUCCUUAUCCAGUCUAUAUUAUAUCGUUCUCUCUACUCCUUGAUCCCUGACGGCAGUGGGCGUUCCUGAGUGUGCAUAGCGAGCAUUCAGUUAGAAGAACUCGCGCGAAACUUCAUUUUUUUUAAUUUUUUUUAAUUAUUACCUAGGGUUGGUUUCUUGAUAACAAGUGAAUUAUUGCCACAUUAAAAUCAUUUUGUGUUCAACCUUUGUCCAAAACAUGUUUACACUUUUAGCAUUUGUGCACA